ACAACAUGGCGGUACUGGGCACUAGUUCCCCGUACACUAGUCGUAUUUUAGCGGCUCUUUUCUACGGAACAGCUUCAUUUUUGAUUAUUGUGUGCAACAAAGUGGUGUUAACAACAUACAAGUUUCCAUCAUUCCAGUUUUUGGCAUUUGGACAGAUGAUAACAGGGAUAGUGGUGUUACUAGUUGUCAAACAAGCUGGAUUGGUACAGUUUCCAGGGCCGUCAAUCGAUGUCUUAAAAAAGAUAUGGCCUCUUCCUCUUAUCUAUAUGGGCAACUUGGUGUUUGGAUUGGGUGGAACAAAGAAAUUAAAUUUACCUAUGUUUACGAUUCUAAGAAGAUUUUCCAUACUCUUAACAAUGAUAGCUGAAUAUUUUGUAUUGGGGGUGAAGGCCCCCAAAGUGGUCCAGUUCACCGUAUUCCUAAUGAUAUUUGGUGCAUUAGUAGCUGCCAGUGAUGACCUUGCCUUUGACCUCUGGGGAUACAUCUUUAUUCUACUAAAUGACUUUUUCACAGCAGCCAAUGGGGUGUAUACAAAGAAAAAACUGGAGGCAAAGGAACUAGGGAAAUAUGGUCUUCUGUUCUACAAUGCCUUAUUUAUGGUGGUACCUGUCGGGGUAAUUGCAUAUAUGAAUGGAGAGUUUGAAAAGGCCAGGAGUUUUGAAAGUUGGGGCGACCACUGGUUUCUGAUGCAGUUUUUGAUGUCCUGUGGUAUGGGAUUCGUACUGAACUACGCCAUAGUGUUGUGUACCCAGUAUAACUCUGCGUUGACUACCACCAUUGUGGGCGUUAUAAAGAAUCUGUUGGUGACAUAUAUAGGCAUGUUCCUCGGAGGGGACUACAUAUUCAGUACCAUCAAUUUUAUAGGAUUGAAUAUAAGUGUCUCUGGGAGUUUAGUGUACAGUUAUGUAACUUUCAAGAAACCACAGGAAAAAAGUGUUCAACCAACGGAAGCUACGCAGAAGUCUGAGGCAACUAUGACCGAGAUCAAAACUACAGCCGAUGGAUAACAGGGAUGAACCUAGUUUGUACCGGCCUGUUUACAUAAACACUUAACUGGUUAGUUAGUAAAUUGAAUGGUGGAUGAAUGGCUUGAGGUUAGACAUUUUGGUUUAGUUAUUUCAAUUCAUUGAUAAUUUGACAUUAUAUUUUUGAUUCAUGACUGUCAUCUACAUUGUGUCAUAGUUCAAAUGUUGUUGAAAUGAGUAAUUGUCCAGGAAAUUGGAAAAUAUGAUCAAACUCAUAUAAUUUGUUUGGUAAAUGUAGACAAAAUCUACAUCUACAGGUAUUUCAGUGUUGUACCUAUCUCCCUUAGUUCUACAUUUCAUUUUGUACUUUUUUAAGUCUAUUGUUAUCAGCCCACAUAACGCUGGUAUCGAUCUGUUAUUUACUAAGAAAUACCUGUGCACUAUGUAUUGCUCUAGGACUACAUAAUACUGGCUUCUUUUGCUAUAUUUUUUCCUUACAAAUAUCUGAUACCUAUUUUUGUUAUUCACCUGAAAAGUACUACUUUUUAGUCCACAUAACACUAGUAUAUUUGUUAUCAACCCCCAUAAUAUUAGUACCUGUGUUAUCAGCCCAUAACAUUAUUACUUGUGUUAUCAGCCCAUAACAUUAAUACCUGUGUUAUCAGCCAAUAACAUUAGUAUCUGUUAUCAGCCCAUAACAUUAGUACCUGUGUUAUCAGCCCAUAACAUUAUUACCUGUGUUAUCAGCCCAUAACAUUAGUACCUGUGUUAUCAGACCAUAACAUUAUUACCUGUGUUAUCAGCCAUAACAUUGGUACCUGUGUUAUCAGCCCGUAACAUUAGUAUCUGUAUUAUCAGCCCGUAAUAUAAGUAUCUGUGUUAUCAGUCCACAAAACACUUAUAUCAGUAGUGUUAUCAGCUCAUUUAACACUUGUGUCAGUGUUAUCAGCCCACAAAACACUGGUAUCUGUUAUCAGCCCACAAAACACUUGUAUCAGUGUUAUCAGCCCACAAAACACUGGUAUCUGUUAUCAGCCCACAAAACACUGGUAUCUGUUGUUAUCAGCACAUAAAACACUUGUAUCAGUGUUAUCAGCUCAUAAAACACUUGUAUCAGUGUUAUCAGCCCAUAAAACACUUAUAUCAGUGUUAUCAGCUCAUAAAACGCUUGUGUCAGUGUUAUCAGCCCACAAAACACUUGUAUCAGUGUUAUCAGCUCAUAAAACACUUGUAUCAGUGUUAUCAGCCCACAAAACACUGGUAUCUUGUUAUCAGCUCAUAUGGAACUAUUAUCUUUGUUUACAACAGUGUUUUUGUUAAAGACCCAUAUAACAUGAUAUUUCAACUAGUGCUGUGAUAAAUUAUGAUGCAUAACUGUGUAGAUCUGAAUUGUUUUGAAUCUUGGUCAUCUACCACUUCACCCCUCCCCCCCC